AUGAUUUGCUCGAUCGCUAACACGUUCAGCUUCCUCGUCUUCCUCAACUGCAUUAUUCACGGAUUCAGUACCGAGGAAAAUGACAUCAACAACGUUGACGAAAAGUGCUCCUUGAAGGUGGAUCCUGGCUAUUGUGAUGGUAACUAUCGACGUUGGUUCUACAACCCUUUCAAGGACGAUUGUCAGUCGUUCGCCUACGGCGGAUGCGGCGGCAAUGAGAACAACUUCUUCACUCGCGAGAUGUGCACGGAAAAGUGUCAGCCAUGGCUUUUGCCUAACCGUGACAAAGACCCGAAAUGCUUUGCCCCGCCGACCAAAGGUCCCUGUUAUGCUCGUUUCUAUCGGUGGUUCUACAACCCGGAGAUGAAAGAAUGCUUAGAAUUCAUUUACGGCGGAUGCCAUGGAAACAGCAACAACUACCUUACACAGGAGGCGUGCUUAACGGGCUGUGACAAAUCGUACAAUAAAACAUCUCGGGACAAGGUUUUCCCAGACUGCACUUCUAAGCCUGAUGCUGGUCCGUGCAAGUCGUUCAGACCUCACUGGUUUUACAACAGCUUAUCGCACACGUGUGAAGAGUUCCUCUACGGCGACUGCUUGGGCAACGGUAACAACUACAAAUCUGAAGAGCUGUGCAAGAAGAGCUGCCAAUCAGCGAAAGAAGCUAGCACUAAAGAUUUCGAUUGUGCUUCACCGCCGGAACCGGGACCCUGUAGAGGAUUGUUUCGUAAAUGGUUCUAUAACCCAACUACAAAAGGAUGUUCAGAAUUCAGCUACGGUGGCUGCGGUGGAAACAAGAACAACUUUGAAACACCAGAAAGUUGUCUAAACAGCUGUCAGCGCGAGAGCCAGUUUUAUAGCGAAAGCAAGAGAUCCCCUCUCGGAUGUUUCGAACCGCUGAAAAAGGGACACUGUCGAGGUCGCAUUCCACGUUACUACUACAACGGCACGUCAGAGAAAUGCGAGCUGUUUUUAUACGGCGGAUGUGGAGGAAACUCGAACAAUUAUGACACGUUCGACGACUGCUUGAAGAUGUGCAAGCCAGAAUGCGUUGGUCCGCCGGAGGUUGGCCGUUGCAAAGGAGCAAUUCCCCGAUUCUUUUAUAACGCGACCAAUAAAAUGUGCGAGAUGUUCCUUUUCGGCGGUUGUCAGGCUGGUUGGAACAACUACGAAACACCUGAGGCUUGUGAACUCAGUUGCAUCUCCGCAAAAAUGUACGACCAAAAGAUGCAGUGUUUCUUGCCACCGGAAAAAGGACCCUGCAGGGCGAGCAUCCCAAAAUGGUACUACGAUGGUAAAACUGAAAAGUGUUUAACGUUUAUAUACGGCGGUUGUGGCGGAAACGGCAAUAAUUUCGAAACCAUAAAGGAGUGCCAAGAGUGUGCCGAGUCAGUUCCAAAGACAACGCCUUUAAGUGUUUCAAGCGAACACUUCUCGAUCUCUAGCUGUCAGUUACCUGUCGAGCGCGGACCCUGUCGAGCAAACCUACUCAGAUGGUUCUUCAACGUCGCCAGUCAGCGAUGCGAAGUGUUCGCCUUUGGUGGGUGCGACGGCAAUGGCAAUAACUUCGAAGACAAGGAAAUCUGUGAAAGUCAUUGCAACGCUAAAGAAACAUACGACAAAAGGACCCAAUGUCUCUUAUCACCGGAAAUGGGCCCGUGUAGGGCUAACAUUCCAAAAUGGUACUACGACAGUCAAGUCGGCAAAUGCUUGAUCUUCGUGUAUGGCGGCUGUGAUGGAAACGGUAACAGGUUUGAAAACAGCGAGGAAUGCGAAAAACAAUGCUCAGAGUCCCCGUCGAAUACUACAGAAAAUCAUUUUUCGAUCUCCAACUGUCAUCUGCCGCCUGAUGCUGGACCAUGUCGAGCAAACAUUCUCAGGUGGUUCUUCAAUGUCGUUAGCCGAAGAUGCCAACCAUUUUUCUAUGGCGGAUGCAAAGGAAACGCCAAUAACUUCGACGACAAGGACACCUGUGAUAGCCACUGCAAUUUUAAAGGCACAGGUUCAUACAAACUGAGCUUGUUGAAGACUGCCGACUGCACUUCUGCCCCUGAAACCGGCACCUGUCGAGCUCUACUCGAAAGGUGGUACUACGACGGAAUAGCCGGCAAAUGCAAGCAGUUUAUAUACGGCGGGUGCGGAGGCAAUGCGAACAACUACGACAGUUUCAAAGAGUGCACUACUAAGUGUCCCGGUGAACGCCGUGACUUCGACGUUCAAACGAAGAAUGCCAACAUUUCUGCUUUCGCUUAUCAUGCGUGCAGCCAAGAACCUGAUCAGGGGCCGUGCAGAAGCAACUACACCCGUUGGUUCUACAACAGAACGACUAGCAUGUGCGAUUCAUUCAGCUACGGAGCAGAAAGCUACAAGUGCAGUUUGGACCCCGACAGCGGACCUUGCAGAGCUCAUAUGUCUCGCUGGUUCUACAACCGUACCUCAAAUGCGUGUGAAACAUUUGUGUUCGGUGGCUGUGGUGGGAACGAUAACAGAUAUACGGACGAGCAGUUCUGUUUGCACAACUGCGUGCAGAGUUCGCCGUGGCAAGAACAAAAAACAAACGGGUAA